UAUUAUACCUUACCCCCCUCCAUUGCUCCAUUUUUUUUCUUGAAAACUUGCAUUGACCCAUAAUUUCCAAAACGGUGAAUCCUAUGAAUCCAAUAACAUCCCACGUCCGACAGGAAAUGAUGGGCACGCAUGCUCAGCAGUAUCACAUGAGAACCCGGCUAGUCUUCAAAUCUACUGCAAUGGCGUCAAUAGUCCAAAACAGUGUUUGAAUCAUAAUGGCAGGUGACAGAAGUCCUAAUCGUGACAGAUCUCGUCGUCGAGAGAUUCGAGACAAUAACGAUCAAAAUCGUCGUGACAGGAAUCGAGAGAGAUUCGAUGACAGAUCGCGGAAUGACCGUGGAAAAAGACGAGAUCGUUCACGCAGUAGAUCGCGAAAUAGGGACGACGAUGGGAGAGGAAAAAAAUCAAAACACGAAAGUAGGGAACAUAACCACAGAACGAGAGACAGAGAUGAUCAUUCAAGAAAAUUUGAUUUCAGUAAUUCAAAGGUAAAGAAAGAACCGUCACCAGAGUGGGGUAAACGUGUACCCAAGGAGGAGAAGGAUAAAAAUUCAGUUAACAAGGAGAAACCGAAUUUUGGAUUGUCAGGGAAGUUGACUGAGGAUAGGAAUUCAGUGAAUGGUGUCGUUAUCAAGUAUUCGGAGCCUGGAGACGCAAGAAAACCCAAGAGACGAUGGCGAUUGUAUCCGUACAAGGGCGAAAAAGAACUGCCAAUUAUUCAUAUUCACAGACAAUCUGCUUAUCUCAUGGGGAGGGACCGAACUGUCGCGGAUAUUCCUCUGGAUCAUCCGUCGUGCUCCAAACAGCAUGCUGCACUGCAGUUCAGGCUAGUGCCUUUCAAGAGGGAGGAUGGGUCCACAGGGAAGUGUGUCAAACCCUAUUUGAUUGAUCUUGAGUCUGCUAAUGGUACCCUCGUAAAUGAUGUCAAGCUGGAGGCUAGAAGGUAUCAUGAGUUAUUUGAGAGGGAUGUCCUCAAGUUUGGAUUCAGCUCGAGGGAGUAUGUCCUUCUGCAUGAGAACAGCAAAGAUGAUGCUUUGGAUGAUGACUUCAUAGCUCCCAAUGAAACUUAGGAAGAUAUCAUCGUUGCUAGGACUGAAAAGUGUAAACUAAGUGAUUGAAUUUUUUAUUGUUAUACAUUGUGAACUUCUUUCAUUAAUGAUGAGCUUCGAAGGACCUUCGUCUGUUAAUAUUGACUGUAAUUGUGUAAAUGUCAUGGAAAUUUUGUUGUUUCCAUCAAUUUCGAAUAUGGUAGCAGCACAAAACAAUAAUUGGAGAAUAUAUGAAGUAUUUAAAAAGAUAAUUUUCCUUAAAAUGAGAGUAAUUAGAACAGUAAGAGCACAAUUGCGUAAGUAGAAAAAAAAUACAUUUUUGUUCAAUUUUUGAUAGUACAGAAAUCUGGGACGUAAUAGAAUGGAUACACUAGUAAUUGUAUUCCCCCAAAAAUUGCUGAUAUCAAAGAAUUUGUAUAAAAUAAAGAAGAAUGAUAUGAUUAA